CACCCCCUCCCCAUCCUCCACGCUUCGCCUACCCAUUCGCGCCCUUGACAUAUCGGCUCUCCAUUCCCAACUGCAGCUGCCGGCGAAGCAACACAGGGACCCACUGGCGCGAACGGUGUCUGUUCAACACGCCCCCUUCCGGCCAUAGCUCCUCUUUGUCUCCCUCCGUUUCGCUCUCAUCCUCACUCUCACCCUCGUCCUCGCUUUCACUCACAUCCUCCUCCGAAAAACACCCAUCGCGAUCCAAAGCGAUGGCCCAUUUCUUGUUUUCCAUCUGAACCGCCACAAAGCGGGCCGCGUCACCUUCCAGCGUCAGCCACUUCUCAUCACUGGUCCAGAACCAUGGCCCGAUGGUGUGUCCCAGCGUAGCCUGCCGCCCUCCGUGGCGCACCAAGUUGGUGUCUUUAUCGACAUAGAUCCAGUUCAGCAUGGGCGGGUCGUCGGCGAUGGUGCUCACCAUGCCCAAGUGCUGCUCCUCGGACGGGUAUGGGAAGUAGUACCCAAAGAACUUGUGGCCAGGCACAGGAAAGGACGGGUGGUCGAUCCACAACUGCCAAAGAGAAUGUCAGCCGAACGGAGUUUCUUCCGGUUUGUUGAUGUCAUCUGGGUUUUCCCAAACAAGACUCACCAUGCCGUUCUUCAAAACGCACCAACACUCAACCGGGCCAUCCUCGUCGAGAGAAACGGUGACCGUCAUACGGAACUUGGCCUUCUCUUUUGCCGCUUCAUUGGCCUUCUUCUGCGCGCUCAGGGCUUCGCAGACUCCUAUCGUCGUGGGAAUCCCCGCUAUGACAAGCAAGCCCACGACCAUCGUCUCGGUAGUCGAUAUUCGUCGUAUUGGGUGCUUAGGAGGAGGGUAGCAAUGGCGCCAGAGUAUCCGAGUCUGUGUGAUGUCGUCUGGUGUGUGAUUCAGUCUCAUUCAAACAAUAUCUCAUACUCGUCAGCUUCAUCUUCCCGGUGGAAGGUUGAACACAGCUUCGUCAUAUAGUUCCAAGACCCUACCACCCACCGUCUCUCCGGCCGGCCGUUAGUACGGACGAGGCUGUUCUUGCGUUCACCCCUCCUCUCUCCUCUUCUUGGCGGUACAAUGCCAUCCUAUGCAACCGAAGUUGGCUAAUCCCGGUACCCUGAAAAGCUUGAUUCCUCCUCAGCCUCCCAUUACUGCAGCGGCUAAACAGCUCUCAUGCAGCAUUGACGUCACAGGCCUCGAAACGAUGCCCUCCAGGUUGCAUCCAUCAUGCCUUUUUUUUGCGCACCCAAAGAAACUUGUUCGGCCCACCCCCCUAUGUCGUCACCCGGCACCAGAUUCACGAAGCCGUGGUCUGGUGAGAAGCCGAAGAGCCCCAAAAUCAUGAUUUUUGGUCGUUUCCCGAAGCUAUGAUGCAUAAGGGGUCUCACUGGACCCUUGGUCGAUCCUUGGAACGGCCUUGGUUCAAAGAAUCUCUUUAAACCUCAUCACCACUAGGCACCACAAGUGAUACCUACUCUUCCCGUCUAAACUUUGCAGCUAGCUUUUUGUUUUGUUCCAGCGUGAUCCCAGCAUCUAUCUCCACCAGAAGCAACACAUUGACCUAAAAGAAAACCAGCCUGUCGCCAUGUCGUCGCAGACUCCAAAGCCCAACGAGGAGUUCCCCAAGAAGGAGGAUGAGACCAAGACCGGGCAGCCCGAGGCUAGCAACCUGCCUCAGACCUCCACAGUUGGUGAUAACAAGCCCGAGGACAACAAGCCCACGGAAGCUGGCCGUGCUGAGACCGACAACUCACCUGGAGACAAGCCCCUCGACAAUGAAGACUACGACGAGGAGAACCCAGAUGAGGAGAACGCGGGAGUUCUAGGUGACGACUACCAAGAAGACGAGGACCAGGAAGGCGAAGAGCCGUACGACGAGGAGGGAGCAGAGGAAGAGGAGCAGGCUUACGACGACGAAGAGCAAGAUGAUGAGGACGCUGCCUCUGAAGAAGACGAGGAAGAAGAAGACGAGGAAGUCAUCCCUCCACCCCAACCCCAGCGACAAAAGAGCAACACCACCAAGAGGGGCAAGCCCGCCUCCGUCGUCGACGACCGCAGCAGCACACCCUCUUCCUCCCAGCCUCCCACCCCCAAGGACGAUGAGAAGCCCCAGCCUAAGUGGAUGCGCGACCAAAAGAAGAAGAAGCAACGACAGGUCGAGUCUGAUGUCGACAACAGACAGGUCGACCGCCCUCGCCGCAGGGGGAAGAACGAGCCAUCUUACCGUGAGCAGCAACAGGCGCUGUACCGUCAGCAGCAGCAGCAGCAGCAAAUGAUGAUGCAGCAGCAGCAGCAGGGCGGUGGUGAUGGUGGCGGCAAGAACCCAUUGAGGCUCAGACUAGACCUCAAUCUGGAGAUUGAGAUUGAGCUCAAGGCGCAUAUCCAUGGUGAUUUGACGCUUGCUUUGCUCAAUUAGGGCUAUUCAGUUUCACGUCAUCAAGAGAAAAGAGAGCAAGAUCGGCUAACCACGACAACGCGUUGUUAUCACUACAGGGACGGAUAAAUUGCACUUUUCUUCUUUCCAUGAUCAGGCGUUGGGAGGUGCAAUACCUAUGUUGUCAAGGGCUGAUAUAAUAUGCAGAUGAUGGGGGUAGAAAAGGAGAUGUCUCGAAUUUUGUCUACCGUGGUCUAGACCUAGCGUUUCCUUUGUCUUAUCUUGUGUGGCUUUAAACUGUAUUGUAAUUUUGUGUUAGUAUGUACUCUAUUUAUGUUGUAAUAUUUCUUGCGCUCUA